UGAUGGGUGUGAAAACACUGCACACGUUCUGAGCAACGGACUGCAAUAUCCUGCAACUGAAAGGAAAUAGCUUUUUCAGGAAGCACAAACUCUUAGCUGGUUCUUUGAAAUUUAACAACAUGACAGACAACUGUUCCAAAACAACCAGUAACAUCCCUUCGUUAACCAUGGAGGUUGAUACUGCUUUUCUCCGAUCCUUGAGGGGUGUCCUUAAAUUAGUAGAGAUGGGGACUAUGUUUGUAGCAUUUGUGUGUUUUGCGGUAGCAUCCAGGCCCAAAUACAUUGCAGCUACAUGCAUGGAGUUUGUGAUCACAUUCUCCCUGCUUCUGCUGUACACGCUGAAGUUGAACAAGAAGCUGACUCUGUUCUUCUGGCCUCUCGUUGAUUUGUUCAACUCACUGUUUGCAGCAGUCUUCAUACUUAUCCUGAGUCUGUUAGCAGUGUCCACUUACACAGUGACAGGGACCCUGGGUGGAGGGAUAGUGGGUUUCAUAGCAACAGAUCUGUGGUGUGUGGAUGGUUACAUGCUUUUCAAGAGGGUCACAUUCAAUCAACCAAGAACAGCAGCAACUGGCACUGUGAAGUGAAGACACCACAAUUGUUUCCUCCCAUGCUCACUCUCUUAUGUCAGUCCUUCCAUGUAUACGUGUAGGUUUAAAGGGGCAAUCAGCAGUUGAAACAAUAACAAAGCUUGGCCCCGGCCCGUUUUGGUAAAAACCUGAAGGAUAUGUGGAUGGAGAAAUGUAAACACUCUCAAAUUCAUAGACAGAGCGAUGUAUGCAAGGACUGACCAUCAAUGAUAUCAACAUGAUAGUUUUAACCAUGUUUCGAGGCUAUAUAGUGUUUGUUUACAUUUAGUUUGUUUACAAUUAUUGGAGUAAAACAAGCUUAUAUUUUGGGUUCUGAUGGUGUAUGACAGUUGAACUAAGCUCAUGGGGCAUUUAUAUAUGUGUACAAUUAAUUUCUAAAUAAAAAAAUGGAUGUAUCAACUGCA